AUGACUUCCUACAUGAAAAAGCACUGCAAGUCAAUCAGUCGUCGCAUCUCUGAGGUGUCAAAUUUGAAAGAAUUGUCAGAGAGGAGGUCGUCCUUGAAACCACCCCCUCUUGAAACCCCGAACCGAGACAAAGCAACCCCAGAAGAUCAGACGCCACAAGGCUUGCUGCUUUCCCGGAAUGCAAUAUCAGACAAGACUCCCAAGAAUGUAGCUACUCCCAAGAACAAGAAUACUAACACAACAUCUCCUUCACUCAAAAAAUCCAGAGAACCAAGCUCAACCUCUUCCGAAUCAACCAUCAUUAAUACAACCAUCUCGCCCAUCCCUCCACCAUCACCACCACCACCACCAAAUCCAACAAAAACGGUCCUGACGAAAAAUACCAAAUUAACUCUCACCUGCUUUUCGAAUCCUCUUUCCCGGGCCACACAUACGUAUCCGUGCAUCUCCAACGCCUCCAACACGUUUCAUAUUCCAUCCCUCGACCCCACGCACCGUUUCGAGAGCGCACUCAUCGAUAUCAAAGUCCGUGAUCAGAAAGGAAAUUUGAGAUUUCUCAAAUACGCGCCGCAUCAAGCAUAUGGGAAGAUAAGCACAGAGAGUUUGAAAUGGAAUUUUCAGUUAGGGUCUUCGUUGGGAGUAACGCAGGGACCGGCAAAUGUGUGUGUGAGGCCGAGUAUUGGCGAGGAGAAAAGUAAGGUUAUGGGGUCGAUGAUGAAGAUACAAGGUUCCACACGAAGCACCUUUCACCAUUCGACUCGUUAUUCGGAUACACUCCUUCAUUUUUCGCUCGAGGAAAACGUACAGCAGGAAUCGGGACUUCCGCGGGAAUUCACAUUUGUGUUUUUGCUUGAGAGACCAAGUGAAAAACAAUAUCCGCCUGUUCAUACAUUUCAUUCUUCUAAACUUCAAACGCUUGAGCAUAGUAUCUCUGAGAAAUUGAGAAGUAUGAGUGGGAGAGGAAAUAAAGAUAGGGAUGGAGAAGAAAAAUGCAUGGAAUAUCAAUGUGAAGAUCUGGCUGGGGAAAAAAGCACACCGAAAUUAGAAGUUGAGAGAUUAGAUGGGGAUUUAGAGGAGAUAUUUGGGGAAGUAGAAUUUGAAAUUGGGAUUGAACCUCAAAUAUCCAACACCCUCUCCCUCUCCUCUCUCUCCUCCCCGCUUCCUGCAAUUUCCCACACAGGCGGUUCAGUCCAUAAUAACGCAGCACACACCGAAACCACAAGAGUCCUCGGAGAAGUAGGUCAGAAAUUUCCAACCGAGGGAACACUCGAUAGUAUGGGAAAAGCUGAACACGAAGAGGCCAUUGUGCAUGGAUUGUAUAAUUUUGCAAAGUUGGGAGGGGCGUUUGAGGAACAGGUUAGCUUGCCGGGGGAGAGUGUAGGGAGUAGAGUGCCGGAGUUGGAUGGUGGAGGUACUGCGGGUGGAAAAUAG